AUGACUAGUUCAUCUCAUCAAUCAACUAUUCCAGAUAUGGAUGAAUAUUCGUUUUGGUUAACUAUCAGCGAUAGUGUUAAUAAUGAUAAUAGCGUGGUGGAAAUGUCUCAAGAUAAAAUUAAACAAUUAAAAUUAGAUAAUUGCAAUACUAUUACAUUAAAAAGUAAUAUUGGAUUUAUAACAACUUGCAACUUUAAAUCUCGACCAUUCUGUCGUUUUAACGAGAUAAUAUUAAACAGAAUUACGUUACAUAAUUUAAAGCUACACCUCGGGAAUAAGGUGUUAAUAGAAGGAUGCUAUGAUAUUCCAGUUGCUCAAGAUGUACGUAUUUUACCUGUUGUUGAAACGAUAAAUGGAUUAACCGGUAAUUGGUCUGAAGUUUUGUUAAAACCAUAUUUUGGAGAACGUAAUUUAUCAGUCCACAAAGAUGAUAUUUUUUUGGUUCAUGCAGCUAUGCGGUCAAUGGAAUUUAAAGUUAUUGAUACUGGAACAGAUCCGUAUUGCAAAAUUCUAUCGACUACAGUUAUACAUUGUGAAGGUCAUUCAAUUCCACGUAAAGAUGCAAAUUCAUCGUUAAACGAAAUUAGCUACGAUGAUAUUGGUGGCGUACGAAAACAAUUAGCCCACAUCAAACAAAUGGUUAAACUACCAUUAAUACAUUCACAAUCAUUUAAAACGAUUGGUGUUCGGCCAUCACAUGGUAUUCUUCUCUUUGGACCAGCAGGCACUGGUAAAAAAUUGAUCGCACGUGCUGUAGCAAAUGAAACAGGUGCCACCUUCUUUUUAAUUAAUGGACCUGAAAUUAUGUCCAAAUUGGCUGGUGAAUCAGAAUUCAAUUUACAACAAGCUUUUGUAGAAGCUAAAAACGGAAAUUCUCCAGCUAUUAUUUUUAUUGAUGAACUUGAUACUAUUGCACCAAAACAUGAAAAAACUCAUGGUGAAGUUGAACGUCGUAUUGUAUCACAACUAUUAACAUUAAUGGAUGAUCUUAAGCAACAUCCACAUAUUAUUGUUAUGGCAGCAACAAAUCGACCAAAUUCAAUUGAUCCAGCACUUCGUCGUUUUGGUCGCUUUGACCGCGAAGUUGAUAUUGGCAUACCUAAUGCUGCUGGUCGUCUUGAAAUUCUUAGAAUUCACACAAAAAAUAUGAAGUUAGGUGAUGAUGUUGAUCUUACACAAGUUGCUAUUGAAACACAUGGUUAUACUGGUGCUGAUUUAAAAUCUUUAUGUUUGGAAGCAGCUGCACAACAAAUUCGUAAGAAACUGGAUGUUAUGUAUUUACAACAAAAUCCAAUUGACAUUGAAACACUGGUUUCAAUAGUGGUUACUCAAGAUAAAUUUCAAGCAGCAAUUAAUCAAUCACGACCAUCUGUAUUACGUGAAGCAGUAAUUGAAAUUGUGCCAACAGUGGAACUUUUUGAUUCAGAUAAUAUUAAAUGUGCAUUAAGUAAAAUAGAUUUUGAAUUUGUAACAACAGCAUGGCCAGAUAUUGGUGGUUUAGAAAAUAUCAAACUUAAAUUACAAGAACUUAUUGAAAAGGAUGUUUUACCGCCACAAAGAUUUCUCCAAUUCCAUAAGCCAUCAUUAAGUGGAAUUUUGCUUUACGGACCACCGGGUUGUGGUAAAAAAUUAUUAGCAACAGCUAUGGCCUCUGACUGUGAAGCUAAUUUUAUUCUGGUUAAAGUUCCAGAACUAUUAGCUAUGUGUUGUGGAAAACCUGAAGCUAGUGUAUGUGAUAUAUUUGACAAAGCUCGUCAAGCAGCACCAUGUGUGCUCUUUUUCGAUGAUUUCGACUCAAUUGCAAAAGCUCGUCGUGGUAGUGAUGGCGGUGCUGGUGGUUUAGUUAAUUGUCUCAUUAAUCAAUUAUUAAUCGAGAUGGACGCCAUAGGUACAAAAAAAAAUGUUUUUGUUAUUGGUGCAACCAGUCGACCAGAGAUCAUCGAUUCAGCUGAUCUUCAAGCAGGUCGUCUCGAUCAAUUAAUUUAUGUUCCACUACCUGAUAAUAAUUCACGUAUGACUAUUUUAGCAACUGCUUUAAAACAACUACCUGUACCAGAAUAUGUUAGUUCGGAUAUUUUGAAUGUUUUGGCUGGUAUGACCGAAGGUUAUACUGGUGCUAGUUUAACAACAAUGUGUCAACAAGCUUCUAAACUAGCAACACGAGACUUCAAACUUACAAAACAACAACAACGUAAUGAACAAAUAACAACGGAUUCUAAUAAACCCAAUCCAGUACUACAAAUUAGUCUUGCUCAUUUUGCUGCCGCUAUGAAACUUGUUCAACGAUCAGUUAGUGACAACGUAAUUAAUAAAUAUAAAAUGUUUGCUGAAAAAUUACAACUAUCUGGUGGUAGUGAUGGUUAA